GCACAAAGAGGUUUUUUGGUCAUUAUUGAGCUUUUAUUGCUUUAUUUUCCAAAGAUUGUGCGCGGAGAUAACGAGGCCAUUAUUGGAAGUGAAUAAAGCCCUGCUUUCGGUGCGGCUGACUGUGAAGAAGUACUUUGUGGAUUUUUACUAAGUGUGGAGCAGUGAUGUAAUGUGUAUGCAGGUAUAAAUAUAGAGGUCUGGCUUUGCCGAGUCCAUGCAGAUCAAUGUCGCUCCCGGGCGCUGCUGCCUGCUUCGCUCUGCUUCUCGCUCUUCUCUCUUCACUGGAGAGUCGAACACUGGGAAGCUGCUCUCACAGACGGAGCCGGGAUGGGCUCUCUGACGGCCCUGCGGACCGUCCUGGUCCUCGGCCUGGUUGGCAGACUGGCAGGAUGCGCUCCCGGCCUGAACGGCACGGCGGACCGCUGGGAAGCCCUUUACUCCCGGUCCCUCGCGCGAAUCCAGGGGGAGAAGCGUGAGGAGAGCGGCCGGGACAGCGACUACCUCCUGGGCAUUAAGAGGUUGAGGCGGCUCUAUUGCAACGUGGGGAUCGGUUUUCACAUCCAGGUGUUACCAGAUGGCAGAAUAACGGGAGUACACAACGAACAUCGUUACAGUCUCCUGCAGAUCUCUCCGGUGGAGAGAGGAGUGGUGACCUUGCUGGGCAUUCGCAGCGGACUUUUUGUGGCCAUGAACCGACGGGGAAAGCUGUACGGAUCUUUACAUUACAACAACGAGUGUAAGUUCAGAGAGACGCUCCUUGCCAACAACUACAAUGCUUACGAGUCAGUUGCCUACCCAAGGAUGUUCAUCGGCCUGAGUAAGAACGGCAAAACAAAACGAGGAAACAGAGUGUCACCCGCCAUGACAGUGACACAUUUCUUGCCAAGAAUCUACUGGCCUCAUAAAUAGACUUCACCUCAAUUUUGAGAUUCGGGAAGAACUCCAACAUGAGAUGCACUUUCACUCCAAGUUUUAUGCAAGUGUAUCAUAUUUGAUUUUCUGCUAUGUAUAUAUUCAUUUUUUAUAUAUCUGUGCCUGAAAGCUAUUUUCUAUUUAGGAAGUCUUUUUCACUGUUGGUAGGAGAUGUAAAAUGUGUUAUUUAUGCUGCUCUUGUCAUUGGAAGAUUUGCUUUUAAUUAAUUAAUUUAUUUAUUUAUUUUUCUGACACAGGAAAAGGGAACAGCAAAAUACAACAUUUAGAGCUUUAAUAUGUUCUUUUUUCUGUCUAAGCUUGAAAAAAACAAAUGAGUUUCUUUGGUGUGAGAAACAGCACUGAUUGCUUAAUGCUCCAACUCUUUGUGUGAGGCACUGGACCCUAAUUGAAACAGUAUCAUAUUACUAAAGGAAGAGAGAGGAUGGAAAGAGGGGAGAGUCUAAGACCCCUAUCAACCACUUCUGGUCUGUUUAUAGCUCUGCCAGCGGGAUGAACUCUGAACUUUUGUGCUGUCAGUCUCAGUGAGAUCUAUAAGUCGCAAAGAGAGAGAGGGAUCCUCUUUGAUGUCAUGUUAGUAGAUAAUAUGGAGGUUUAAAGGCAAAGUGAAAAAGCUGAAAUUGAAGUGGGAUUCAUGAUACUGCAUUUGUGUCUGUUUGGGCAUCUGGUUACGCAGAGUGAAGGAUUUUGGGUAUGCAACCAAAGCAUGCAUGCACAUAGACCAAAGGGGAUGACACUGUGCAUAGGUUGAAAGCUAACUGGUUGAGUAGUGUGCCUGAACAGCAAAGGAAGCAGCAGUGAAGUUCACCACAUAGUUGCCUGAAAAGCAAGGGCAGUGCCUGAAUAAACUCUUUUCAACACCAAGGUCCUUUACUGCAUUUUUAUGCAGACUUGCCGAUCUUCUUUUAAGCACAUGCAUUUGCUCUUGCCCUGGUGCGUAACAGCACCAAUGCAAAAGAACACUUUAAGGUCUCUUCACCACUCUGGGAACUCUGAGAAGAGGUCACAGUAGGACUAUUGUUUAUCUGAUGUAGAUGUCUGAUAGAUAUGUAAAAGGGAAGUAAGGAGUGGCUCUGAUAGGUUUAGGACAGUGUCAGUCUCUUGUCUCCACUAAUACUGUAUGUCAAGACUAUCCUACUUUUAUAAAUGAAAAAUAACUCAGGUAAAAAAAAAAGUACUUUCCAGUAAUUGUCACUUACAGUUACUGUGUAAAAGUAUUUCUUUAAAAUCAUUUUUCUUCCACAUUUAUUUUAUGUAUGAUGAUGUAAAACUUUACAGUCUUUUUAAAGUUUGAUAGUAAUAUUGAUGUCAAUCUACUGUUAGUAAAUACACCACUUAAAAAAUGAAAGGAACACUUCAGCUGUCAAUAGGAAAAAAAUCAUGCUGAUAUGGACUGGGUAAUGUGUUAGGAAUGAAAGGAUGCCCGAUUGUUUGAUAAAAAUGAAAAUUAUGAACAUACAGAGGUCUGCAUUCCCUAAAAAUCAAAGUGAAAAACAAAAGAUCCAGCACGCUAGUCCGUUUUGACGAAAUGUUAUUGCAGCAACCUAAAACGGUACUCAGUAGUUUGCAUGGCUCCCAUGUGCGUGUAUGCAUGCCUGACAAUGUGCUACUAAUAACAGAUUAAAGAUCUCCACCGAGAUCUGGAUCAGGACAUCACUGAGCUCAUGGGCAGCCUGAGGUGCAACCUGGUGACAUUGGAUGGACUGAAACAAAACGACCUAGAGGAGUUCUAUUGGAUUUAGGUCAGGCGAGCGUGGGAGCCAGUCAGUGGCAUCAAUUCCUUCAUCCUCCAUGAACUGCCUGCAUACUCUCACCACAUACAGCCGUGCUGUCAUACACCAGGAGGAACCCAGACCCACUGCACCAGUGUAGGGUCUGACAAUGUGUCCAAAGAUUUCCUUCUGAUACCUAAUGGCAGUCAGGCCUGUUCUUUGCUCCAUGGAUAUGCCUCCCCAAACCAUCCAUGGUCCUGGACAGUGAGCAUGGGGCCUACCAGUAGAUUUCUCAUUGUGUGUCAAAGACAUUCACACCAGUGGCCUGCUGAAAGGUCAAUUUGUAGCCUUGGCAGUGCUCAUCCUGUUCCUCCUUGCACAAAGGAGCAGAUACCGGUACUGCUAAUGGGAUAAACCUUCCAGUCAUUCUUGUUUUGGGGGUUGUCUCAUUGUUGCCCCUCUAGUGCACCUGUUGUUAAUUUUAUUAACACCAAAGCAGCUGAAUCUGAUUAACACCGCCCUCUGCUACUUAACUGGCCAGAUCAACGUCCCAGAUGUUUAAUUAACUUGAUGUUAUACUUGGAUUAAAAAGUGCUCCUUUCAUUUUUUUAAGCAGAACUAAACUAGCUGCACUAAGUGAGCUAGUUCAGCUUAGUCAGUGGCAGUCCGUCGCGGGCCUACUAGCUAGCUAGCUAGCUUAGUGCAACAACUGAACUAGCUGCACUAAGCUAGCUAGUUCAGCUUACUGCAGCUAGCUAGCUAGCUUAGUGGAGCAUUUCAUCAACCAGCAUGCCUGAUGCUCCCUGACCAACAUAUGUGCUGUUGGUUUAAUUUAUGUUAUCCUGGGAUAAUGGCAUCAGGUGAACCACAAAUAGGCCAACAAUGUUGUACACCUUAGCUUAUUAAAGUAAUCUAAACAAAGAUACAAUAGUACAAGUGAGACUAAGAGGUAGUGAGGUUGGUUUUCUGGUGCAUUUCACCAGCUGUUAUUUCCACAUGCAGUGCUAAUAAAAGAAAAAAAUUCUCUCCAUCCAUCCAUUUUGGAGAAAAUGGUCUGAAAAACUCUGUCGCUCUUCUGGAACAAUCUCUACUUCCUUUAAGUGAAUUUGUCUUUUAUUUUCCUCUGUAUCAACGACCACUUUCAGGUGUUGAUUUAAUUUCCUGUAGCAUUAGCUGUCCCGCCUGGCUCAGUUUUGUGUCUAUUUUUGCCAAACCCUGUCUUUCUUGCAUUUGUCUCUGUCUCUCUAUGUCCCUGUAGUUGACUGCAGCUCAGCACUGUUGGUCAUGUUGUCCUAGUUGCUCCUUGUCACGUUCCAGCUAUCUUUACCCUGUGAUUUACUUUUAGAAAGGAUAAUCAUGGAAGAAAUAUUUACAGACAGCUGUUGGACUGUACUAUAUGCUAGGGCCAGUAACCCUAUAUUUUUCUUUAUAUAUUUUGUAAAUAUAACCUCUGAGUAACUGAAGGUGCUGGUAUUCCUUUCAGGGGGGAGGGUCAGAUUUAGAGCAACUGAGUGGUGUGGUGGAUACUGCCUGAAGGCAAAAGGUGCUUUUAAUUUGUUCACUUUUAUGCAGUCAUUGAACAACGUCACCAAACAUCAUUAACCAAGUUUAACAAACACAGAGGAGAAAGGCGAAAGGUGACCUCUUCUUACUUGCUUUAGUUUUUCUUCUCUUGCCUGUUUUCUCAUUCAGCCUCUUUGUUGAGAGCUUUGAAAUCUCAGUUUCAACAUUCCACAUACGAUGGCGCAUACUGUAACCAACUGAUUGCUGUUUCAGAUUAAACCAUUUUCAUCACUGGGUUACGGAGCCUUCAGUAGAAGUUACGCUUGAUUAGCACAUGGUAGAGUCACACUGAAUGCACACGCUAACUACUGCAAAUAGUUCAGGCAAAUAUUAUGCAAACUGUGUCUGUUGUGGCUUUAUGUCCUGAUCUCUGGAAACAGGCAUUAAUCCCAAGACUGACCGAAGCACUGCAGCAUCGCUGUGAUUUACACUUCAAAAGAAGAAACUACCAAGCCACUCUCUGCUUGUCCUCAAACAUAUGUUAUAGUGUGAUGUUUGGACAUCCAUUUGGAUGUCAAAGUUGGACAGCAGUGAUUUAAACAAGUAUACUGCUGUGCCUGUUGCUCUCAGCUAGGUUAAGUAUUCUCCAGUAUCACUGAUUUGCAUGGCAGGCAUUAUAUGUACAGUAAAAUACCUUUCUGCCUUGUGUCUCUAACCUAGGGCCAUCCCUCUGUCCCACCUGCUCAUUUGAUUAUCCAAGCAACAGCAGUGCAGCCUGCAGCUAGUACAAAGUGAGCAAAUACUUUUUCACAGCACUGUAAACUCUGGUUAAAGUAUGCAAAUUGCUCACAGCAGGUUGAAUAUAAAUGCGGACAUGUGGCCUGUCUCAGACUGAGGCAUUGAUUUUAUUUAUGGUCGAAAGCAACCGAACCCCCACAUUUCUAUGCAUGUUACUGUUAAAGUAGCUUUUAUUUUUAUUCUUAUUUUAUCAAUGUGGCUCAAUCCAUUCAGAUGUAACUAAUUAUGCUUUUGGGACUGGAUUUCUUUGUUCAAACUGGUUUAUCAUGAAGUACCAAACUGGUGAUCUGUGAUUGUGUGCUGCUUCUGGGCCACUGUUCAGAAAAAAAUGAUGACAUGAUCCUGUACUAUGUUUGAUUCUGAGUCAACCUACUUUUAUCCGAUGUCCUGUGGUUUUAUACAGGACUUAAUAAAGUAUACUACAGUAUGUGCUGUACACAUGGUUAAAGUCCACCGUAAGGGGAAACCCGAUCCCCUAAAUGUAAAGUUUAUGAUUGUCUGUACUGUAUAAUAAGCUUUGAUCAAUCUGACAUUCACAUAUAAAAAUGUAGUAUGUAUAUAUGACAUGGCAUUACACGCGUGUAUCCAUGUUGUGGGGCAAGUACAUAAAACAUAACAUUUUGUCUCCUCUCUGCAGUAGUUUGUGGCUCAUCUUGUUUAAUUUUCAUGGCCUCUGUGCUCAUUUGUUUUGGUUUCUCUUUCCCCUCACACACCCUAACUGCUCACAGCAGAUAACCACCACUAGCCCAGUUCUCCUGAAAUUGUCUUCCUGUUAAAAAGGAGUUCAUUUUCUCCCGCACUGCCAUGUUCUAGGUCAGGGAUGAUCAACAGAUCAUUGUAGCUCCAUCAAUAAUAACACAGUACCUUUAUCACACAAUGUAAAGGAAGUGGAGA